AUGUCAAUACGUCUUCUUCUAUUAUGUUCUCUCUCUCUCUCUCUCUCUCUCUCUCUCUCUCUCCCCACGCACACUUUUCCUUUUCCUCCUACAAUGUUAGCCUCCACGUAUCCUCCUUAUUUAGUUUCUUUCACUUUUUUCUUUAAAAGUAUAUUUCUACCCGCCUCCUUUCCCUCAUAUGCAUGCGUAUCCAUAAUGUUUCUUCUUUUUUUCUUUUUUUCUUUAGACGUUGGGAACUUAAUAUAUUUUCUUUCUUCUUUUCUUUUACUGUCUUUCUACUUGUAUUCUUUUGCAUUUGUGCGUGAACGAAUCACUGCAGGAAUUUUGUACGGAAUCCCUUGGCGAAUAACGUUUUCUCUUUUUUCUUUUUCUUUAACUGUAUUGAUUCCCUACAAUUUUACGUUUCAACAACAUUUUAACAUUUCCUUAAGUAUUUCUGAACAUUUACUUUCCAUGAGUCCCUUUUCUUCCUUUCUUUCUUUCUUUCUUUCUUUCUUUCUUUCUUUCUUUCUGUCGUCUCCUCAGCUGAUGUCCGAAUCUAUAUACUGUCAACUAGACUUAAACGCUCCGUCUGCUUUUACCCAAAUAUGA